CUAUCUCAUGGAGAGUUUAGAUCGAAAGCAGGCAGCAUUAUGUGGAGUCGUUGGAUUAUUUUCACAGCCAUUUCCUGGGCGAUUUUUGUGAACUCCCCGGCGGAGAGUAAAAACCAAACCUCAGAUGUUCUCUUAGAGGAAGGCAACAAGCAAUUGAACCUCAUCCUGCAAGCCAUCAACGAACUGGAGCAACAGAAAUGGAUUCAAAAAGCGGGAAGCUCACAGAACUCGAAUCAGAAUCAGAAUCCAAAACAGAGACCUAACAGCAAGCGAUUGAGGUGGAAUCGAAAACCAAUCCAGCCAGAUCCGGAGGAGUACGACGAGGUGGAGAGUCGUGGAAUUGGGGGUUACUCUUCCUCGUAUUCGGAUCAAGGAAAUCCCACUUAUCUUGAUGUUGGAAACUUUUCCCCAACUCCAGCUCCAUGGUGGUUUAAUUAGUUUGCAUUAGCGGAUUACAGUGUAUAUAAUAC